UUUCACAAAAUUCAACUAAAGUUUACCUAAAUUCACAAUAAAUGUCAAAUUUACUAACACAAUUUUAAUUAAAAUUUUAACCAAAAAUUAAUGCAAUUUUUACCCAAUUUCAUGUCAAUUUCAUCUCAUAUACACACAAUUUAAGUAAAUUUCACCAAAAUGCACUCAAUUUCACACAAAGAAAUUCAAUUUCACCAAAAAUUAAAUUAAACACAAAUACCUACGGCAAAGAUGCAGAGGAUGUCCGGCGGGGAAGAGAAACGGCUGGCCGGCGUGGACGACGGGUGGCGACGUCUGGUGGGCGGCGCAGGUGGAGCGGCUGGAGAUGACGGCGCGGCUGGAGAAGACGGCGUGGCUGGCGGAGCUGGGCGGGACGGCGUGGCAGGAGGGCUGGCGUGGCUGGCGGAGGAGUGGAGGACGGCUGACCGGGAGAGAGAUGGGAUAGGGUUGAAGUGAAAGACGAAUGGCUGGGAAAAUUUCAAUAUCGAUUAUCACUUCAGAAGCUACGACGGAUCGGCGACAGAUAUAUACCUCCGUUGCAGAUUAUCACGUCAAAAAUUGACCAACUUAAAUUUGCGACAGGCACAAAUAAUUCGUCGCUAAUUUGUGACGGAAAAAUAGAGUCCAUCGUAGAUUACUUUUUUUCAAAGAUUUCAAAUCCGUCGCUGAUUCAUUACAGAUCUGCUACGGAAAUGAGUCUGUAGUAAAUUUCCGUUGCAGGCGAAACAAAUUCUUGUAGUGUGU